GUUGUGACUUGUAUUGCGUGAGGCAGUCGCAGGUUUAAUACUGCUUACUGAUAGAGAUUAGUUGCAUGUCGUUUUCGCCUAGUAUAUUGUGAUGGUUGAUAGUAGUGUUUUUAUGAUACGACAUUCGUGCGUUUUAAGAAUUACGUGAAAAACUAAAAUUAUGGAACUACGAAUGUGUUGAGUGCAUUAGUUACAAAAUGAUUCAUUUUCGUCAACGAAGUCGACGAUCCUAUGUAUAGUUUCCCGAUCUUUGUAAUAUAAGGAGCCAUUUACACAUGGCAAGAGGUCACGUAGGCAUUAGUGAUUUUUAAAUCGUGGUUUAUUAAAAUAGUAAACUAUAUUAGACUUUGAGAUUAUUAUUAAUGUAGUUGUUAUAAAAAUGGAUAGCAAAAAUAUCCAGAAAAAUGCAAUGCAAAAAAGUGCUGAAUUUACUUUCACUCCUCCACCGGAGGCGCCCAUAUUUGAGCCUACACCUGAAGAAUUCAUGGAUCCUCUAGGAUAUAUCGCCAAAAUACGUCCCGUUGCAGAAUUAACAGGGAUUUGUAAAAUCAAACCACCUGCUCGUUGGCAGCCACCAUUUUCAUUAGACGUAGAUAAGUUAAAAUUCGUUCCACGGAUUCAAAAAGUAAAUGAGUUGGAAGCCAUCACACGCCUAAAACUUUUGUUUCUCGAAAAAAUUUUAAAAUUUUGGGAUUUACAAGGAUCACCUUUAAAAAUUCCAAUGAUUGAAAAUAAAACAUUGGAUUUGUAUUGCUUAAAAUUUUGGGUAGAUGAAGAAGGGGGCUUUGAAAAUUGUAAUAAUCCUAAAAAAUGGCGAAAGAUCGCUACAACAAUGGGUUACAGUCAGAGCACAAUAACAAUGAAUUUUCUUAAAAGUAACUAUGAAAAGAUUCUUCUUCCAUAUGAGAUAUUUGAAAAAAGUAAAGCAGAUAUUUUAAAAACCGUAAAAAAAGUUGACACGAAAACUGAAACUAAAGAAGAAUGUGAAAACGGGAAAAAUCUUUUUAAAGAAAUAUCAAUAGAAUCUAUAACCAAAAUACAGAAUGAAUAUGCUAAUGAUGAGAGACCCCAUACAAGCAUAAAAAAAGCAAAAACUGGUUCAGAUAUCAAACCUGAUGUUACUGGUUCAAAAUUAAAAAUUGAUUUUGAGGAAAUUAAACGAAAUAGAGAAUUAAGAAAAUUAGCUUGUUAUGGCCCUGGUCCUAAAAUGCCCGGGCUGAAUGAUGAAGAGUUUGAUAUAACAAAAUCUAGAAAGAGACCUCGAUAUGACUUAGAUCCAUUAGCAAUAUACAUAUGUGCUAUUUGUCAGAAAGAUCAUAGAGAUGAUUUACUACUUAUAUGUAAUGGUUGUUCAGACACAUACCACACAUUCUGUUUAAAGCCUCCUCUCAAUGUAGUCCCAGAUGGAGAUUGGCGUUGUCCUUGUUGCAUUGCUGAAGAAGUUCAUAAGCCAGCAGAGGCCUUUGGAUUUGCUCAAGCAGAAAGAGAAUAUACUUUGCAACAAUUUGGUGAAAUGGCCGAUAAAUUUAAGUCUGACUAUUUUGGAAUGUCAGGUCAUUUAGUGCCUACCAAUGUAGUUGAAAAAGAGUUUUGGAGGAUCAUAUCUUCAGUAGAAGAGGAUGUUACAGUAGAAUAUGGUGCAGACUUGCAUUCCAUGGAUCAUGGUUCAGGCUUUCCAACCAAAUCCUCGCUUAAUUUAUACCCUGGAGAUCAAGAAUAUGUCGACUCGGGGUGGAAUUUAAACAACUUGCCAGUAUUAGAUGGUUCUGUUUUAAGAUUCAUUAAUGCAGAUAUUUCGGGAAUGACUGUUCCCUGGAUGUACGUGGGUAUGUGUUUCUCUGCAUUUUGUUGGCAUAAUGAAGACCAUUGGAGCUAUUCAAUAAAUUAUUUGCACUGGGGUGAAGCAAAAACUUGGUAUGGAGUACCUGGAAAUGGAGCAGAGCUUUUAGAAAAUGCUAUGAAAGCAGCAGCACCAGAUCUGUUUAAAUCUCAACCUGAUUUGCUACAUCAAUUAGUCACAAUAAUGAAUCCCAAUAUAUUAAUGGCAGCUGGAGUUCCAAUAUAUAGGACAGAUCAACAUGCCGGUGAAUUUGUAGUUACAUUUCCUAGAGCAUAUCAUGCGGGAUUCAAUCAAGGUUAUAAUUUUGCUGAAGCUGUUAACUUUGCUCCUCCCGAUUGGCUUAAAAUUGGACGUGAUUGUAUAAUGCAUUAUAAAAAUUUGAAACGGUUUUGUGUAUUUUCACAUGAUGAACUUAUAUGCAAGAUGGCAUUAGAAGGCGACCGCCUAGACUUAGAAACUGCUUUAGAAACACAAAAGGAACUAGUGCACGCAACUGAAGAAGAAGGUCGCUUAAGAGCUCUUAUUGCCAAGAAGGGGUUAAAAAAUGUACGCAGGACUGCUUUUGAGUUAUUAGGUGAUGAUGAAAGACUGUGUGAAAUUUGUAAGACAACUUGCUUUUUAUCUUCUGUAUCGUGUGCUGACUGCAAACAUAUGGCAUGUCUACAACAUGCUAGUUCUGAUGAAUUUUGCCAAUGUCUAUUAAGUAAAAAAACAUUAUUUUACCGAUAUGAUAUGGAUGAACUGCAUAUAAUGUUACAAACAAUCGAUUUUAGAGUCAAUAGCUUUGACAAAUGGAUGACUGAGACAAAGAAUAUUUUACUGCCAACUGCACCAGAUAUUGGUAGACUACAAAAAUUAAAACUUUUAGUAGAUGAAGCAGAAGAACUUAAAAUACCAAAAUGCUCAUUAUUAACUCAACUGAAAGAAGAAUAUGCUAAAGCUACUGAUAAUGUAGAGCCAAUUGUUAUUGAAUUAGAUGAUGAUUAAAAAUUACAUUUAUUAACAAAAUAAAGGACUGGGCAUUAGUACAAAUUAUAAAAAAAAACACAUAGUAAAAAAAAAACAAAAUAAUUACUAUGUAUUUUAAUAGCUGUUCAAGUUUUAAUUUUGACAUUUUCAUAUUGAAUGAAAUAUCUUGUAAUUUACAAGAUUUAUGUCUUCAACACAACAGAUGUUAGUAAUAUUAGACUUGUACAGCGCCUGGAAUAUAUAAAAGCUAUUUUACUUUCCAACAAAAGAUAUGUAUGUGACGCACUAGUUUAUAAGUUACGUGUAUUAAUGUAAGAUUGAUUACUAUCAUCACAGUUUGUUGCAGCUGAAAGGUAUACAUUACUUUUGUAUAAUGUGAAUAGUAAACAAAAAAUAUGACUUAGUUCUAAAAAAUUAAAGCCUGCGUAUUAACAUGUUAUAACUAAAACACUUAUUAAAAUUUUGUAAGUGAUGACAAGAUUCCCACCGUUUUUUAAUAAGAUGUCCCUUGUAUUUAAGAAAAAGUAUUUAAUUUUGAAAUGUAGUAAUGAAAUAUUAUUACUCUUCUUAUAUGGUAAAUUUGAUCUCAUUUUGUACUCAGUUACUGAAAGUAAAUGUUGAUUUAAUGUGGGAUAUACUUUCAUCUUGUAUAUUUCUAAAUAACUAAAUAAUUAUAUCUCUUACAAACAAAAUGGGCCUUGGUUAUCCCUAAUAGUAAGUCAUAACAAGAAGUGACUGUUUAAAUACUUGUUUUUUUUUAAAUGAAUUGUAGGAAUACUAUUUUUAAUGAAUUUAAAAUUAUAAAUCCCAUGACACCACCAAAUUGUCUUACGGUAUGCUGUCAAGUUCAAAUAGGUUAAUCUGAAAAUAUUGGAAUAGGCAGAAUGAACACUAGGUUAGCACCUUAAGACACUAAAAUAAGUUUGUAUUUUUGAGAUUAGGAUUAAUAUUAAGUACCUAAUUUAGUGUUAAAGGAGGCUAUGCGUAGUUUGAUGUGUAUAUAUAUAUAAUGGGAUUGUAUUUCAGAAGAAAAAAGCUUAGCCAGUAUUCCUAUUUAUUAUAAGUAAAUUAUAAAUAAAAUUGUAGUAACAGUUCUGUGAAAUUAAGGUUUAUUUAAAUCAUAAAUAUUAACGAAUAUUACCAUCAUUGGUAGUAAUAAAAGCUAACUACACUAAAUAUAUUCAAAUAUAUUAUUUAUUUUUAAAUAAUUGACAAUUUCACCUCAAAAUAUAAUUUUUAUUAUAUAAGUAUGUUUUUUUUUGCAAAUUUCGUAAAUUUUCUCUGACAAAAGUUACAUGUGGCUGCAAUGGCGCAGAACUUAAUAUAAAAUAAUAUUACUCGGAUUAAUUAUAUUCUAAUUAUCAAAAGUUCGAUAGAUAUUAUGUUAACUAAUGUUAAUAUCAUAUUUUCUAGUGAUGUAUGUGUUCAUGUUCUGUGCAGUGAUUGGAUAAGAACGACUUUCAAGAAAUCUGUGUUAAAAUAAGUAAAUAAAUAUGUUUAGAUUGACAA